AUGGCUCAACACCAACUACCUUUAGGUGACCAGCCCGUAGCUCUCAACCCAAACUCGUUGGAUGGACUUCCUAUGGAACUCAUAUUUUGGAUCUCGGACUUUCUUUCGCCUAACGAUGUCCUUUGCCUUUCGAUGUGCAACCACCGACUCUUUAUGGCCAUUCAAUACAAAACGACUCUUCCACGGCUGAUGGGAAGCGAAAAGCUAGCAUUGCUGCACCGGAUCGAACGCGACCUUCCGCAUCAUUUUCUGUGCUACUGUUGCGUUAUUCUCCAUAAGUUUGAGGGCCCAGAGAUCUUUGGACUAACAGGAAUGCGGGUAAUGAGCAGAUGUCGGCUUCCAUGUGUCGUCAACUAUCUGUGGAGGGAAGACGAACUGCAGAUGCAGAUAAAUCAUUUCUCUCCUCACACGGACUACUGCCUUUCAUUCCUCCAUCUCCAACUUGCUAUGAAGCGAUUCUACCACGGCCCUCGGUGUGGUAUUACCACUGAAUUACUGUCACAUGUUGAAAUCAAAGAGCAUGCCAAGUCAACCACUCUGUAUUCCAUCGAAGCACAAGUCUGCACAGAGCCAGUGGGUCUAUAUCUGCGGAUCCAAGAUAUCAUGUUGACUGAGGACCAAAGCACACAUCUCUUUGAACCAACCAUAAUGUCGAUACUACCUUCAUGA